UCCUUCCUCCCACCCUCCUCCUUACCUUACUUCUCUCUCUUCCAACCUCCCUCCCCCCCCCGAUUCUUUCCCAAUUGGUUUGUCCCGCUCGGGCCCGGCGGCGGCGGCGCUGGAGAGGAGCCUGCCCGCGCGCGCGCGCUCUCUCUCUCUCUCUGGCUAUACCGAGGACGGGCUCAUUUCAGGGCGCCGCGGGGGUGGCCGGGAGGAGUGGGGGGGGGGAGAGCACGCGCGGCGGCGGCGAAGAGGCGCGAUUUAAAGAGACAGGCGAGCCGGGGUGGGGGAGGGAGGGAGGGAAGCGGCGAAGAAGAAGAAGAAGAAGGAGGCGGCGGCAGCGGCGGCGACAAGAGCGCACACCCCCCUCCUCGCCCGGCGGCGGGGCUGCCGGGGCUCCUUCUUCCCCCUUCUCCCUCAGCGCCGCCGCCGCCGCUUCCCCCGAGGCCUCCAUGAGGUAGCAGCAAGCGCGCGACCCGGCGGCGAUUCUCCUCAGGAGAUUCUCUCCUCUCCUUCCCCCUCUGAGGAGAAUCUUCGCCCGCCGAUUUCUCCCCUCAGCUUUGUGAGGCGGCGCCGCUGCCGCCGCCGCCGCUGUCGUCGUCGUCGGCGCUUUGUUCGGAGCGGCGGCGGCGGCGGCAGCGGCAGGAGGAGCGGCAGCAGAAGCAGCAGCAGCAGCAGCCGGGGGCGGGGUUGAGGCGAAUCGGCGGCGGUGAGGGAGGAAGCGAGCGGGCGGGCGGCCGCUCCCCGGCACUGCAGUCGGCCGCGCCGCCCUGAGGGAGCGCGCCCGGGAGGAGGAGGAGGAAGAGGAGGAGGAGGAAGGGGGAAAAAGCGGGGGGGGGGAUCGGCCCGCAGUGGCCCCCCUCCCGGGGGAGGAUUAGGAGAGCAGCCCCUUCCUCAGCCGCCUUCUUCGCCCGCCUUCCCCCCCCCCCCCUCUCACCCAUCCCCGCCGCCUCAGGAGCCUCAGCCGUAGCCGCAUCGGCGGGCCGGGCGGGGGAUUGAUGUGGGGGCCUCGGAGAUGAGUCCGCCGGCCGCCGGGUGCUGCCAUGUGACCGGCUUCAAGGUGGAGAACUGGAAGCAGAACCUGCGGGUGAUCUACCAGUGCUUCGUCUGGAGCGGCUCGGCCGAGAGCAGGAAGCGCAAGGCAAAGUCGUGCAUCUGUCAUAUGUGCGGUGCCCAUCUGAACAGACUUCAUUCUUGCCUGUACUGUGUCUUCUUUGGCUGUUUUACAAAGAAACAUAUUCACGAGCACGCAAAGGCAAAGCGACACAACUUAGCCAUAGACCUUUUGUAUGGGGGUAUAUACUGCUUUAUGUGUCAAGAUUACAUAUAUGACAAAGAUAUGGAACAAAUUGCCAAAGAAGAACAGCGGAAAGCUUGGAAACUACAAGCCUUCACCCCAACAAUGAUUUCUCACUACCAGUGUACAAUGACAGGUAUUGGAGAGAAGUAUUCAACUUGGGAGCCAACCAAACGAGAGUUAGAGCUGCUUCGACAUAACCCCAAGCGACGAAAAAUAACCACAAACUGUACCAUAGGUCUACGGGGGCUAAUUAAUCUUGGGAACACAUGUUUUAUGAACUGUAUUGUCCAAGCACUUACUCACACUCCACUGCUGCGAGAUUUCUUCCUCUCCGACAGACACAAAUGUGAAAUGCAAAGCCCCAGCUCGUGUCUGGUCUGUGAAAUGUCUACGCUUUUUCAGGAGUUCUACUCUGGGCACCGAUCUCCUCACAUUCCAUAUAGGUUAUUGCACCUGGUAUGGACACACGCACGGCAUUUAGCAGGGUACGAGCAGCAGGAUGCCCACGAGUUCCUCAUUGCUGCCUUGGAUGUGCUACAUCGACACUGCAAAGGUGACGAUAAUGGGAAGAAAGCCAGCAAUCCCAACCACUGUAACUGUAUCAUAGACCAAAUCUUCACAGGUGGACUACAGUCUGAUGUCACUUGUCAGGUCUGCCACGGUGUGUCCACAACGAUAGACCCCUUCUGGGACAUCAGUCUGGACUUGCCCGGUUCCUCCACCCCAUUUUGGCCUCUGAGCCCAGGCAGCGAUGGCAGCGUGGUGAAUGGAGAGAGCCACGUGUCAGGAACCACCACCCUCACAGACUGCUUGCGAAGGUUUACAAGGCCAGAGCAUCUAGGAAGCAGUGCCAAAAUCAAAUGUAGUGGUUGCCACAGCUACCAAGAAUCUACCAAACAGCUCACUAUGAAGAAACUACCCAUUGUGGCUUGUUUUCAUCUCAAACGGUUUGAACACUCAGCCAAACUGAGACGGAAGAUCACUACGUAUGUCUCCUUUCCACUAGAGCUGGACAUGACGCCUUUCAUGGCCUCUAGUAAAGAGAGCAGAAUGAAUGGGCAGUACCAGCAACCAGCAGAUAGUCUAAACAGUGAUAAUAAGUAUUCCUUGUUUGCUGUAGUUAACCAUCAAGGAACCUUGGAGAGCGGGCAUUAUACCAGUUUUAUUCGGCAACACAGAGACCAAUGGUUCAAAUGUGAUGAUGCCAUAAUUACCAAGGCUAGCAUUAAGGACGUACUAGACAGUGAAGGAUACUUGCUGUUCUAUCACAAACAGUUCCUGGAGUAUGAGUAGCCCUGCUCAGCAGCCGACGCGACAAAGAAAGGAAAGGAAGCGAAAGGAGAGGUAGACUUCCGAUAAAACACACAACACUACCUGAAAUGAAAAAACAAAACAAAAACGACGACACCCAUUCGACACCUGGCCCCGAGCUGCGACAGGACCUGCUUGCCAGUUGGCUCAACCGCCUAGAGGAGUUUAAAAAAAAAUUAAAUAAAAGUGAAUGAACUUUCUUCAUCGGGUUUGCGGUCCUGCAAGGACAGAAGGAGGGGGAGACCUAACCAGAGGCUGCCGCCAGUGACUUUGAGCGAAGGAAUAGAAUAGCGCGAAGGUUGCCCUCGACGGGGACAUAGAGGGGAGCCGAGGAGUCCCGCCGUUCCUCCGAGACGUGCGCGGGAAGGCCGGGGUGUGUGUGUGUACGUGCUCUCAUCUUCUCCAUCAAGCAUCUUCUCCAUUGGUGCUUCAGCUCCAACUGACCAAUCAUACGACAGUUAAUUAAAAACAAAAAUACCCCCCCGAGCCCCGUUUUUUUUUUCUUUUUUUUUUCUUCUUUUUUUUUAUCAUCAUCACCCCAUGGGUCUGGAAGCAGUCAAACACAGAGGAGAGUUGGGGACGCCGCGACGAAUGGACUUUGCGAGUACCUUUUUAUUUGUGAAUUUUAGUUAUUAAAUAAAUACAGUAUGAAAUGAU